GGGAGUAACAAGUGGCUACAGGAAAGCAGUGGAGCUGCCGUCACAAGUCAACAAAGGGGAGAGACGCGAUCGCUGGAUAACAUUCAUCUUUCACUAGUGUGCACGACGAGUCACGCCAGGCAGCUGAGGCGUUGGAGAAGACAGUUGGCGACUACCAUGGGUGUGAGAAUAGUAGCGAUGGUUGUGGUGUUGUUGCUGACGGAGGCGUGCGGCCUGCAUGAGCUACGCGGCCGCGGAACGGACGUGUUCCUGGCCAACCCACCCAGCCGGAGAGUUUACAGGCUUGGUGGCUACAGUUGGUCUGCAACAAUAAAAGCAGGUGCAACACCCCACAAAUGGUACGAAACCAUCAUGCGGCUCGACUCCCCCCACUUUGGGAAAAGACGGUCCAUGUCUGACUACAGCCUCGAGGUCCCGGAUGAUAAAGUCAUCGGGGAAAUCGGCAAACAUCGGGAGGGUCCGGAGAGAGUCCCGAUGAUCCUCACCGACAACGACGUCGGAAGAGAUCGGCAACGCUCGGGAGAGAGCACUUUCCGAGUGAACAGAGGUGGCCAAAAAUGCGUUUGCUGGUGACGUAAAUAAGAUUUUAAAAUGGCUAAAAAUCAAUUUUUGGUUGGAAUGUUUUAGCACUCAGUGGGCAAUAUGAGGUCAUCGAUUUCAGCUAUGAUGGUUAUUUACAUAUUUUCAUUAUGAUUUAGUAUCUUACAGUGCAUCAAAGGAGGUGUUUAAAAGAUUUAAACACGAUUUAAGUAAGUGGCAGAAUUAUUGUACCACACAGAGGCCACAAAGACAUUGGAAACGUUUAAAGAAGUAAUCUUAGCGGUGCAUAGAUUUGACUUAUUGAUUUCUAAUUGAUUUCCACGUUAUAAGAUGAAUAGUACCUUGCUAAGUAACACGAGCAUAAUAAAAGUAUCC